UAACGCCAACAUGUAUCUCGCGUAACUCCGUGACGACGAUUAAAAAUUUAUUAAUAACCCCGACAAAUCAUUUACCGAAUAUCCGUAAAACUCGUCUGGACCGGAAAUAUUUCUGGAUUUCCACGAUUGGUUUAGUUUGAACGCCGCCGUGGAACACUUCUCAUUUCGUCAACGUUGGCUAACCCUGACUAUUGUUAUCUUGUCUUGCAAUAUUGAUAAUCGAAUUGUAAUUUAUGGAGAAUAAAAGUAAUCUAAAUUUAUGUUACAGGCCUAUGUUUUGUUUUGUUUGAAUACUCCCAAUUUUUUUCCCGUGUACUCUUGUUUCGUGUGACCGAUUUUUUGCGCAUUUUGUAAAGUUACGUAAUCAUGUCGUUAAGAUCGAAAACGGUGUGUGAAAUAUGUGGUGAAUCGUUUUUGACGGAGAACAAAUUGUCGAAUCACAUAACACAACGACAUGUACACUCGUCUACGAGCCCGUCGCCUAGUGUUGGUUCUUCGUCGAAGCGACGGAAACUCGACGCCGACUCCGACGUUAGGUGUCCGCUCUGUGAUUACGUUGACUUGGACACAGAUCGUCUGCAACAGCACGUUAAUCGUAUGCAUUUCGACCCUGGCAGUCCUCGGCGACCCGGUACUGUAGACUUCCCUUGCCCAAUAUGCCCGUUGGCUUUCGACCAUUGUGAUAAUCUCGAAACUCAUAUUAAUGAAGAACAUCACGACAUAGUUAGCCCACAAUCGGAUUCUCUUAGUCAAAGGAUACCAUUGUUGGAAAAUAUUAAUGAAGGUUGUGUGAUAUGUGGUAUGAAAAAUUUUGAUAGUUUAAGAGAUCUGGAUGCACAUAUUGAACAACAUUAUCGAGGUACUACACCACCUACUCAAGAUCAUUUACCUAAUCAUGAUCAGUUACUUGCAAAACAGCUAGAAAAACAAGAACGUGAACGUAUGAAACAAAAAGAACAAGAAGAUUUUCAAAAGUUGCAAGCCGCUUAUGGUAUGGAUAAUAAAGGCAAUUAUAAUCAACAAACUAUGACUAAUUUGCAAGAAGCUGUAUCCAGUGGUCAAUUAUCUGUUUAUGAUUAUUAUGAAAAAAUAUAUGAAAUAAAAAUGGCUGAAAGUAAAGGACUUGAUACUGGUGAAUCGGCUACUAGAGAUUUAAUUGAGUAUAUUCGUCACUUCAGUGCAACAUCACCCAAUGUAAUUGAAGUACAUUUGGCUUCACCUACUGAUCAUUAUAGAUCAACUUAUGGUGAUAAAGGUUGGGGAUGUGGAUAUAGAAAUAUGCAAAUGUUGAUGUCCAGUAUGCUUUUACAAAUGGAUUAUAAUGAACAUAUAUCAAGAGUAUGGGAAGUGGAGAAAGGACCUUUACCACGUGCUUGGAUGCCAUCUAUAUCAAGAUUACAACAACAUUUGGAGAAAUCAUGGAGCAUGGGUAUUGAUGAACCUGGUAGAGAACAAUUAGGUGGUUCGGUGUACAAUACUAAAAAAUGGAUUGGAGCUACUGAAGUUGUUGCUAUGCUAACUGCUUUAAAAAUUAAAACACUCAUUUUAGAUUUUCACAAACCAACUGGUUCAAAAAAUACCCAUCCAGAAAUGUUUCACUGGUUGUAUGAACAUUUCAGCAAUAGAAAAAAACAGUUUAUUCCUCCAGUUUAUAUACAACAUGAUGGUCACAGUCGGACAGUAGUGGGCGUUGAAAAAUUGUCUGAUGGAACAAUUUUGCUUUUAGUAUUAGACCCUAGUGGUCACUAUGAUAAAUUAAGAACAGAAGGUGGAAUGAUAACUAUGUCCCAUAUAAGAAAGUCUAUCCACACGUUCAAAUCAAAGGAAUAUCAACUAGUUACAGUCAGAGGAAUAAUGACAAGUGAUGCAGAGUUUGAAAGUGGCAAAACAAUUAUAUCUAAACGUGUUUCAUAACAACAAUCAAGAAACUAAAAUUUGUUUUGCAGAACUUAAAUAUUUUGUUUGUAUUUUUUUUUAGUUUAUUAAAAAUUUUCUUUAUUUAUUUAUAUAUAAUACAUUUUGUCAAUAAAAUUAUAGCCUAAAUGCAAUUUAGCGUUUGACACUUAGAAUUUUAAAGUAUAUUAAGAGUUACGGACUUCAAUGUUUAUGUCA